GGAGACCAGCACCAAGCUGGCCCGCCGUAAGCCGCUCUCUGAGCUCCUGCGGGUGUCGCUGGUCGGGUUGUUGGACCCGGACGGACCCGGACGGACCGCGGACCAGUGACGGGAACGCGCAUGGAGCCGCCACUGCUCGGCUUUGGAUUUGCCGGGAAGAAGGGAGCGCGUUUCUGAAAACAUACUUUUUUUAUGUUCGAUCUUUGUUCGACCUUACAGUGAAAUCCUCAGAAUCGGUCAGUCUGAAUGAUUGAGCGGGCCAUGGAUGAGGGGAAAAUGGAGAGCUUCAACCGGGUCGCCUUUCGGAGGAAGCAGCGCAGUCUGGACGCGGGGCAUGGACGAGCUACAGAAAGGAAAGGCAAAACUCCAUGCUACCAGACCAGAAGCGCUGAUGAUGAGGCCUGCAUAGCGGUGAAAAUCGACCAGUCCAGAGCUCUAGGCUACAGCUCGCCGAGGAAAGCCAGCGGCGGCUCGCCCAUCCUGCAGGAGUGUCUGAAUCGGGCGAUUGGGGGGGCAGCUGACAGGAGGAGGGGAGGGGUCAAUGGAAGAGUACCUGGAAGCAGGACUCUGCUACGGUCUAAACCACAAGUGCCGCCAAAGCCGGAGCACCUGCUGAGUCCAGUGUCUCCUCUGCAGCCGCCGCCGGGCAGCGUCCAGAAAUCCCCGCUGAGAUUCAUCAUGGAGGACGGAGGAGGAAAGCCGACCCCCACGCCGCGCGAAAGGGUCAAAGCGUCCAAGGUGUCGGACCUGAUCAGCCGCUUUGAGGAGAACCGCAGCGCAGACAACAAGAGAGACGGCUCGGCGCUCAAACAGACCAGCAAGGUGUCCAGCUGCAGCUCGGCUCUCCGCGUCUGCCAGCGGGCCGACAUCAGCAAGAUUCAGGAGAAGUUCUCGUGCGCGGCGGCCGCCACGCAGGAUGCCAAGAGGCCAGCGGCUAACGGGGUGCUAGCACAGAUGGAGCAGGACAAGGAGACGGAGGAGGAGACGCACCACAGCGUGAGGACAGAGACUGCUGAGCUCGUAAACGGAGAUUUGGAAAAAGCAGAUGAGGUGGACGAUCAUUCAGCUUCACAGCACUCAGACAGGACCGGUGCUGAGAAUGAGGAUACGGAGAAAACAACAGAAACUCUACAGAAGAGUGAAGAGGGACACUCUGAGCAAAAGGAGACAAACGAGCAGAAGCUGUUUAAGAUCGCCAGCGAGCUGCUGCACACGGAGAAGGCGUACGUGGCCCGACUCAACCUGCUGGACCAGGUGUUCUGCACCAGGAUGAUGGAGGAGGCAAAUAAAGGCACUUUCCCUCUGGAUGUGGUGAAGAACAUCUUCUCCAACAUCAGCUCCAUCCACGCCUUCCACAGCCAGUUUCUGCUUCCUGAUCUGGAGAAACGCAUGGGGGAGUGGGCGUCCACACCGCGGAUCGGCGACAUCCUGCAGAAACUCACCCCCUUCCUCAAAAUGUACGCCGAGUACGUGAAGAACUUCGACAAGGCCAUGGAGCUGCUGAAGCAGUGGACCGACCGCUCGCCGCCGUUCAAGGCCAUCAUUCAGGAGAUUCAGAGUCAGGAGAUCUGCGGCAGCCUGACGCUGCAGCAUCACAUGUUGGAGCCGGUGCAGAGAGUUCCCCGAUACGAGAUGCUGCUGAAGGACUACCUGAAGAAGCUUCCUCAGAACGACCCGGACCGCAGCGACGCAGAAAAAUCAUUAGAAAUCAUCGCCACAGCAGCCACCCACUCCAACAGCGCCAUUAGGAAAUCUGAAAACCUGAAGAAGCUGAUGGAGAUUUACGAGAUGCUGGGAGAAGAGGAGGACAUCGUUCAUCCGUCCAACGAAUUCAUCAAGGAGGGCCACAUCAUGAAGCUGGCAGCCAGGAACACCUCCACCAUGGACAGAUACCUGUUCCUGGUGAGGAAACACACACA